AUGGCCCUGUUCCGGAGCGGUAUGAGCCUGGCGCUGCGUGCGUCGUCGCGUGCUGGCAAUGCUGUGCGUGUGCGUGCGGCUGCACCUAUGUCUAUGCGUGCUGUGUGUGCGCCGCUCGCUCCGUCGUGCGCCGUGCGCGGCCUGCAGACGAGCGCCGUGCCGCGUGCGUCCGAGGACCCCCGCGGCAACAUGGACUCGUCGCUCCCUUCCGGCUUCGAGAAGCUGGGCCAGGCACCCGAGGCGCUCUCUGCCAUCAACCGCCUGAUCGAGGUGCUCAAGAAGCACGGCGUCGACGUCAACAGCGGCGAGAAGCCGUCGAUGAUGCAGCUGGCCAAGCUCGCGACCAACUCGGAAGUGCGCGAAUACACCGGCAAAGUCGUGGAAGAGCUGCAAAAGGCCGGCAUUGAGCUCACGCCCGAGCGUCUGCAGAAGCUCAUGAAGGGCGAGUUUAACGAAAAGUAG